GUAGACUGAAGUUCCUCUCACCAGAUAUAGCCAGCCAGGACCCACGCUUGGCUAUGGACACUGGGAGCUCUUCUUCUUGCAGAAAGCUACAAUCCUCGACAACGAUCUUUCUACGAACCCGAGCCACUCUGCCCCAUCCCCAUCGUGCAGCGAAUCACCGGCUGCUGAGUCCAAUGCUGCCAGCUUGUUCCACAUCGCCAUGUUUUCCACAGAGUGGCAACGCGCCGGCCCCAUGAAAAUGUCGCUCGUUGCCAAAAUGCUUGAGCCAGUGUCGGUGAUGGACACCAGGACGUGGAUUUCUCAUAGCUGCUGUUUCGCAGUUCACCAGGAUAGUUGUGGCUUCUAGCCAGGGAUUCUUCCGCAGUCCAUCCUUGACUCCAGAGGUCCAUUUCCGGGUGUCGAAGGACAGGAAGGGGAGCCGGGGAAGGAGAGCUUGCGCUUGGACCUCCAGAGCUUUCAGCGGUUCCAGCGAGUGGGUAGUCAUGGCUUGCGCCAUUCUGCCCGUCAACGCAAUCUGCUCUCGAAUUGCCCAUCCACCUCUCGGGGCCAGCUCUAGCGCAGAGUUUUUCGGAGGAAGUGUAACUCGAUUCGCAUGCUCUGGGCGAAAAUGGUCAACGUGUGCAGUCUCGAGUGCAAGCGUUGUGUGCAGUGGGGUGAAGGCCACCACAUCGUCGGAUCCUCUGACGGCCGAGAAAUUGCAAGAGAAAUUCGGACGUCAAGGUGUGAGAUUUGUGGAUGUUGCUGGCACGCCUGCGACUGAGCUCAAGCUCAGAAAUGGGAGCAGCGCUCGAAUGUUGAUAUCCGGAGCUCAGAUUACAUCUUACAAGGCGAACAUGUGGCACGGUGCCCAAGAGGAACUCCUGCACUCCGUGCGCUCUGACAGCGGAAACUCCACUUCCACAUCGAUUCGCGGUGGCAUCGUUUUAAGCUUCAGUCAGUUGAAAGACCCCUUGAGCUCUAUCUUACCUUCCAGCUCCAGUCCCUGGAGAGUGGAGGCUGUGGAGUGUCAACCCUCAGAAUACGCACAGAUGACGCUGACGAAUUAUUCUUAUCCCGAAGUCGGGGUGGGCCUGAGCCCCAGGGGUUCACUUCAGUUCAAGUAUGUGGUCACUCUGUUUGAUGAUUCACUCUCAGUAGCCCUUGUGGUCUCCAACACUGGGUCGGUGCCAGUGGACUUCACUGGCUCAAUAAUCAGUCAUCUUGGAGUGAGCUCUGCUGGUGGAGCAUUUGCUGUUGGUCUGAAAGGAUACAGAUAUCGUUCUCUGGGCAAGCAGAAGCAGAGUGGGUUUGACGCCAGUAAGAUUCUCUCACAAAUCUGGAAGCCGUGGGGGGCACCAGAUGGAAACCGUGGGACACUGGUCGAAGAAAAGUCUGGCAGAGACGCUCGACAGGAGUUGGAAGACGGAAAGUGGACAGUGGAAUCCGAGGACUAUUCUCAACUGCAGGCUGGGAUGGACAGGCUCUACACCACACCACCAGAAUCUUUUUCCAUAAUGGACAGGGGUAAGAGACGCUCGCUUGUCGUUGAACGACAUGGUUUCACCGAGUUUUGCCUUUCCAAUCCUGGACCCGAUUCUCAGUUGCGAGAUUGGAACAAGUUCGUAUGUGUAGGACCGACUCAAAGCUGUCAAUCUGUGAGGCUGUAUGAAAAUAGAGAAUGGCGAGGUGCUGUCACCCUACUUAAUCCAGGCACUAGUGACGGGGAGCCGAUUCAGUAGAAUGAGGACAACUUCCUCAAACAACGAAGGAUAAUCUACUGUACUAUGCUGUAGAAAAUUUAACGCUCUCGGAUCUCAUAAAUGAGAUAUACCAACAUGUCAUCGAGCAACGCCAAGCAACCUUCCUCACACAUGGUUGAGGAUGUGAGAAUGCCAAUGAUGUGACCUACUCCUUUUACCGAUAACUAUAGGAAUAUUCUAUAACAU